CCUUGUGCUGACCGCUCGCACCAUUCCUCCGCUCGCAGCAUCUGAGACGGGAGGGGGAGCACAGAGAGGCGAGAGGAGAGAGAGUGUUUACAGAUACCAGCUUGGGAACAUGGAUGCCGUGAUACCAACUUGCCGGAGUAGCUAGACAGCACAGCGAGGCGAUAUGGGGUGCGGAAGGUCGACUACUGCGGAGUACACCCCGGUGUCGCAGCCUGUGGGAAUUUAUGGUUGGCGGAAGCGGUGUCUGUACGCCUUCAUCCUCUUCCUCAUGGUGGUGAUGAUCAUGAACCUGGCUCUCACCAUCUGGAUCCUCAGAGUCAUGAACUUCUCCAUUGAUGGUAUGGGACAGCUAAAGAUAACUCCAUCAGGGGUGAAGGUCGCAGGUGAAGCUGAGUUUGUCAAGUCCCGGUACGUCGAGGACAUUGUGUCCAAGGAAAACGAGCCCCUGUUUAUUGAGGCGGCCCGAGAUGUGCACAUACAGGCGAGAGACGAGAACAACAAGGAAACCGCUAGCUUCAGUCUGGAGAAAAACAAGGCGACAGUCAAAUGUGACAGUUUCGAAAUCAAGGACAACAAUGGUGCCUCACGCUUAUUGGUCGAUAAAGAUGAAAUCAUCUUCGGUGUAGAUGAGGUCGUAUGCUCUGGGAAGGCUACUUUUGAUGGAUCCGUGGAGACGCCAUCAUUGCGGGGACCACAAUCAGAAUCUCUCGUGGUGGAGUCCGAGAGCAGUGCCGUGAAGCUGUCAGCACCAGGGGGCGUGUUCCUGCAUGCACCAGCCGGCAACAUCGAUAUCAACACAGCUGAUGACAUCAGGCUGCACAGUAAAUAUGGCUCUAUCCUGCUUGACUCCGCAGACAUCUUCCUGAAGAACCUGAAGUUGAGUAGACCCACGGGCACAGGGCGUGAAUACCCUGGGGUGCACCAGCUGUGCAUGUGUCCCAGCGGGCGCAUCUUCCUGGCCGCACCCAGCGGGGACUGCCGGGCAACAGGAGAUAUAUGUAAAUCCAAGAGAUAGCAGACAUGAUUGCCAGGUUACAAGACUUGGUAACCAUGGUAACACUCUGUAUGGAACUAUUAACAGAGUGAAGAGUGCAGAAGGAAAUUCUGGAACAAGACAUUCAGAUGUAUGCAAAGACUCUUUGGAGAUGGGUGCAUAUGAUCGGCAGAACUCUUAUAGUCGUGAAAUAUUUUCUUGAUAAUGGUGUCUAUUAAGAGUGCCUUAUGAGUAAAACAAAGGCAGUUUGUGAGCUGUCUGUUCUCCAUCCACUAUGCAGCUCAUUUACUCAGAUUUGUAGGAAUGAUUGACAGUGUUUACGAAACUCCCAGGUUUCCAAAUCAACUUCCUGUCAUGUGCAGUGCACUAUGAUCCUGCCCUGUUGGUAUGAGUUGGCAUCACUGAGAGGGUGAAUCCAGCAGGAACUUGAUACUCUAUAGGAGACUUCAUGGUGGACACUCUGGAGGUAUCAAUGCCUUGGUUGUUCUUCAGUGGGUUUAUAAUAACUCUAAUUAUUAGAAGAUAAAGCUCCUAUAUAUUCCUUAAAGCCUGUGUGACUUAAGAUACAAACA